AUGAUCACGAAGCUCCUGCACAAGACAGAGGAACUUCGAGGCAAACUCGAAGCCUCACUGAAACCCAAAAUCCUGCUACUUCUUCUGCAGAAUGUUCUUACCCCCAGCACCUCCCAACACUUCCCCACAGCUCUCUUCCACGUGACCUCUCGGACCCACACUGGGGAGAGGCCCUAUGACUGCAAGCAGUGUGGGAGUAGCUUCAGGACUCCCUCAUGUCUGCGUCGGCACACUAGGACCCACAGCGGGGAGAGGCUGUACGACUGCGAGCAGUGUGGGAAAAGCUUCGGGACUUGCGCAGACCUGCGUAAGCACAGCCGGACCCACACCGGGGAGAGGCCAUAUGACUGCAAGCAGUGUGGGAAAAGCUUCGGGACUCACUCAGACCUGCGUAAGCACAACCGGACCCACACCGGGGAGAGGCCAUAUGACUGCAAGCAGUGUGGGAAAAGCUUCGGGACUCACUCAGACCUGCGUAAGCACAACCGGACCCACACCGGGGAGAGGCCGUAUGACUGCAAGCAAUGUGGGAAAAGCUUCAGAACUAGCUCAAACCUGCGUGAGCACAGCCGGACCCACACCGGAGAGAGGCCAUAUGCCUGCGAGCAGUGUGGGAAAAGCUUUGGAACUCGCUCUACCUGCUUAAUUAAGCACAGCCAGACCCACACCGGGGAGAGGCCGUAUAACUGCAAGCAAUGUGGGAAAAGCUUCAGAACUAGCUCAAACAUGUGUGAGCACAGCCGGACCCACACAGGGGAGAAGCCGUAUGCCUGCGAGCAGUGUGGGAAAAGCUUCAUAGAAGAGGGGGACCCCGGUCAGCGGGAGAUGCAGGUGGAAAAUGCCUUCGACUUGACCUGA